AGGCCGUGCCUUCCUAUCAUCACUCUACUUCGAUGUUUGAGGGUUUGAACGAAUAGCUAGCAGUAGGGACACGAUCUGGACCGCCCCCCGAUACAUUAUACCAAGCCAUCUCCCUCAAUCAUCUCUACAUUGACAGUCAGUCACAUCUCCAGUGGUUGUAGUAUACUAUAUACCUCUUCUCGUCUAUCACCAUCAUCGGUAAUUGGCCCUAAGGGGUCUCAUCAUUCGUCUCACAUCACACUGAGUGAACAGUGCCCUGCCUCCUUCCGGUAUGUCCUUAUAUCUAUCCCAUCAAUUGGCGGUUACCCCCUCAAACAGUACCCUCCUUGUCCUUUUAAUCUUGCUUCUCUAGUCGCUCUUUGCCGUCUUCUUCUUCUUCAUCUCCAUCUUCCCGCUCAGCUGGCGAUUAUCUGAGCUGCCCUUCGCCCUCACCUCACCAUCUCGCCUUGCUCCAUACCACAACCGUCAACCAUGUCUCGCAAAGCGCCGAAGCCUCUCCCAAAGUUCGAUGUCGGUGACGACUAUCGUAUUCUCCAUGGCUUGGGCGAGGGUGCAUAUGGGACUGUGGCAGCUGCGGUCCACAAGCCCUCAGGCAGGGAGGUGGCGAUCAAGAAAGUCCUUCCUUUCGAGCAUACACUCUUUUGCCUUCGGACUCUUCGUGAACUCAAGCUUCUCAAGUUCUUCUCUGAGACAUGUGUAAACGAAAACAUCAUCUGCAUUCUGGACAUCAUCAAGCCUCCCUCGAUUGAUGACUUCAAGGAGAUCUACUUCAUCCAAGAACUCAUGCAAACCGACCUCCACCGAGUAAUCCGUACUCAACAACUCACUGAUGAUCACUGUCAAUACUUCAUCUAUCAAACCCUGCGCGCCCUCAAAACGAUGCAUUCAGCAGACAUCGUCCAUCGUGAUCUCAAGCCUGCCAACCUCUUGCUAAACGCGAAUUGUGAUCUCAAAGUAUGCGACUUUGGUCUGGCACGAAGCACUCGUUCUACCAAUCCUGGUGGGAAAGAAGCGGGGUUGAUGACUGAGUAUGUUGCUACGAGGUGGUAUCGUGCACCUGAGAUCAUGCUUUCGUUUAAAAUGUAUACCAAGGCCAUCGACGUUUGGGCUGUCGGUUGCAUCCUAGCCGAACUCCUCAACGGAAGACCACUCUUCCCAGGUCGCGAUUAUGGACACCAGCUCGAUCUCAUUCUCGAUGUCAUUGGAACACCCACGCUGGAAGAGUUCUAUGGGAUCACCUCGCGACGAUCACGAGACUACAUCCGCGCGUUGCCCAUAAGGAAACGGCGUCCAUUCAGUACCUUGUUCCCGAAAGCCUCUCCCGAAGCGCUUGAUUUCCUCCAAAAGACCCUCACUUUCGAUCCGAAGAAACGGCUUACGGUCACUCAAGCUCUGGAACACCCAUAUCUUGCUGCUUAUCAUGAUCCUGAAGAUGAGCCUUCCGUGGACUCUCUGGACCCAGAGUACUUUGAGUUUGAUUAUCAAGACUUGAACAAGGACCAGCUUAAAGAACUCCUCUACGAGGAAGUCAUCUCUUUUAUACCCUGCAUUUAACCUCAACACGUUACCCCAUCGCACGCUUCAGUAUAUUUAUUCUCUCAAUACAUACUCGGAACACAAUGCUACAUCCACGAAAAGCUGUAUAGAAUAACUUAUCAUAAUACCACAAUGAUGUUCAGACAGCAGUAUGAUACCGC